AGUAUGCUGAGGGAAGCCAGAGGAAAACAUUCUUGAAUUACAUUAUUGAACAGGCAAAAGUGGGUUGGCAAGACAUGGUGCAAGUAUAAUCGAAUGGGAGAUCAAAUCCUGUUUAUUAUCCAUAGGAAGAUGGAGCAGCCUUGCUGAAGGAAAUUCAGCUGCUGAGGGAACAACUGAAGCAGCUGAGAGCAGAGGUGAAAAAAAUCUUUAACCCUAACCUGAAUAAUAUAAGUAAGGGAUGGAUGUACACUUGUGGCACAGAAAAAGUAUUUAUAUUUUUCAGUUAUGGCUGAAAUGUUUUUUUUUAAAAAUGCUUAGUCUUUUCUUUUUUUAAGUUGCAUGUACACCCUUGAAAAGCUGUAAAUAAACAAACCAAAAAAAACAUAUUUUUUAAUUUUAUAUGCUAAAGGUAUACCGUGUUUAAUUUCAAGUAAGGAUUUGCUGCCCUACAGGUUUCAAUUCCUUCAUGAGAAGGGCCCUCACCUUGUACGUCCUGACCUAACGUUGUGGUGGCGUGAUACCUGCUUUAAUAUGCAUAACAAUUGUAUUAUAUCAGAAUAGUGAUAUAAUACAAUUGUUAUGCAUAUCAAGUCUUCCUAUUCUGAUGAAACUUAACAGCAUUCUUCAGGGAUUGAAGUGGCACUCCCGUUUUAUUGUAGUUAAAGUUGGGUUGUGAGCCGAGUUGGACAAACUGCUGAUAGUGACAGCUAAUAUAUCAAAUGUGAACAACAUUUUACUGUGUGUAUUAAUUUAGUCCACAGAGUGAUGCAGACUGAGUGUGUAAGAAAACUUUUAAUUUUGUCCAUCCUUCUUUCAAUUAUUUUGUAGAAGCAUUGUCUUUUUACUCAGUUUCUAAUACUGUACCUACAAACUGGUGGCAAUAAAUCAUCAUUCAAUACUACAGUUACUGGAAAGAGUUUAUCUAUCUGUUAAGCUUAAGAAGGGGACUCUUUUGCAAGGGCAGAAUAGUAAAAAGACACUCUCAACGGUGAUUGCAACCUCCGGUGGACAAGAUAUCCAGUCUGCUCUACUCCUCUUCACACGUCCAAUGCAAGAUGUCAGCUUCAGAACAUAAGAGUCUUGCAACCAGGUCAGAGUGCUCACGUUCAUCUAAGUCAUCAAGACGCUCCAGCAAAUCUGCAGCAAGCUUGGCUGCAUUAGAAGCUCGCGCCAAGGCUGAAGCAGCACUAGCAAGAGCAUCAUAUGCACAGAGAGAAAUAGAAGUGAAAGUGAAGAAGGCCCAGCUUAAAGUGGAGGAGACCCGCCUGGAAGCCACAUUAGAGGCUCUUCAGCAGGAGUAAGAGGCAGAGACCGCCUUAGCUGAGGCUAAUGUCUUUGAGACAGCAGUGGAUGCAGCUGAUAUGGCACAGUUGUCUGGGGUUGACGACAACAAACAAGGCUCAUCCUACCAUUCUCUCGAGAGGGCUGAAAAGUAUGUACAAGACCAGCAAGCCUACGUGAACUACCAUCAGCCAUCGGCAUACAAGGAAGUCUCACAGCCAGACGUCAAGUUUGAAUCGCUUCCCCGAGUUGAUCACCUCCAGCCACACAACUCCUCUCCCUCCCACAACAAGCUGGUCCAGAGCUCACAACCACGACUACAUCCUCUCUCUCGUGCCCCCACUCAUACUGAAGUGCCAGCUACCUCAAGACACUCAACGACUCACCUUAUCAGAGAGCAUGAGGUGAACGUGCCUAACCCCACCUGCAGGCUCCACACUUCACAGUCUUCCAGGCGCUACGCAGAUGAUGACGGCCAGCCACCUGGUGUAGAACGUCAUGAGUCCAGUGGGACCCAUUCUGAUCGUGCCAAUGUUGCAGAGCUGGCGAAGUUCCUAGCAUGCCGCGACCUCCUCACAGCUGGACUCAUCAAGUUCAAUGACAAGCCAGAAAACUACUGGGCUUGGAAGUCAACAUUCUCCAACGCCGUUGAAGGCCUCGACCUACUAAUCAAGUGGCUUGGGCCAGAAUCAGCUGAGCAUGUGAGAAGAAUGAGGUCUGUCCAUGUCAAUCAUCCUGCUGCAGCCCUCAGUGUGGUCUGGCAAUGGCUAGAGGAGUGCUAUGGGUCUGCUGAAGCUAUGGAGACAGCCCUCUUCAACAAGCUUGAACGCUUCCUGAAGAUCUCCAAUAAAGACCCCCAACGUCUGAGAGAGCUAGGUGACCUUCUCCUCGAGUUGGAGGCAGCCAAAGCUGAAGGUUACUUACCCGGCCUGUCCUACCUGGACACUGCAAGUGGCAUCAACCCUGUUCUGGAGAAGCUCCCCUUCAGCAUGCAGGAGAAGUGGAUGUCACAGGGGACCAGAUACAAACAGGAGCAUGGUGUCAGCUUCCCACCCUUCUUGUUCUUCUCCAGUUUAACCUGUGCAGAAGCAAAAAUGAGGAACAACCCAAGCUUCAUCACUUCCACUUCCAGCGCAGCACCACCUAAAGGAGAGAAAAUCUCAAUGAGAACGGCGAGAGCCCCUAUCACAGUGCACAAGACAGAAGUGGACAAUGCCAUCCAGAAAGAUGAAUCUAAGAAGAAGGAUGACCAUAACAAACAAUGCCCUAUCCACAAAAAGCCACACCCCCUGCAAAAGUGUAGAGGCUUUAGGGAGAAACCCCUAGAGGAGAGGAAAACCUUCCUUAGAGAGAACUCUAUAUGCUUUAGGUGUGUCUCCUCAACAGCACACCAGGCGAAGAACUGUAAAGCUGUCAUCCAGUGCUCCGAGUGCGAAGCGACAAGCAUAUUGCAAGCUCUUCACGCCUGUCCUGCCCCUUGAUGAAGGACCACUUCAUUGAGUUCAUGUGCAAAAUUUUUGAGACUGGGCACUCUGAAAUCACUCUACCCCUACAAGCAGAAGAAGAGUGCUGAUAUCUUCCGAUCUUUGGGAUGUAACAUCCACAAAAACCCAGACAGAUAAGAGUGGCAUUUGACUCCAGCGCCCAGCACCAUGGGGUAUCUCUGAAUGACGUCCUGCUUACUGGUCCCAACAUGAAUAACAGCCUGCUUGGGGUACUGCUGCGGUUCAGAAAGGAACCAAUGGCUGUGACAGCAGACGUGCUGCAGAUGUUCCAUUGCUUUGUGGUUCGUGAAGACCAUCGAAACUACCUGCGAUUCCUCUGGUACCGCAACAACGGCCUGGAUAAUGAACUUGUGGAGUACAGGAUGUGGGUCUAACUUGUUUUUGGUAAUAGCCCGUCCCCAGCAGUGGCCGUGUAUGGCCUCAGGAGAGCCGCCUUAGAUGGUGAGAGGGAUUGUGGAGCAGAGGCAAGGCACUUCGUCGAGAUGAACUUUUACGUCGACGACGGUCUCGUAUCCCUCCCCACAGAGAAGGAAGCCAUCACUCUUCUUCAGAACACUCAAGCAAGCAAUGACUAGCAAGCAUGAAGCGCUGGGCUGUGCUGUUCACGUGUAUGAGCACCAGGGCCAUACACAUUGAAGUCAGAGGACCAGCCAAACAAAUCAGGUCCGACUGUGGUACAAACUUUAUCAGGGCCUGCAGAGCUGAAGAUGGAGGCCGUUCAGAGCGACAAGGAGGUCCAAGAGUACCUGAGUGACAAAGGGUGUACUUGGGUCUUCAACCCACCGCACUCGUCUCAUAUGGGAGGCAGCUGGGAGAGAAUGAUCGGCGUCAUGAGGCGCAUCCUGGAUUCCAUGCUGCUGAAGGUGGGUCCAUCCAAGCUUACUCACGAAGUCCUGACUACAUUCAUGGCGGAAGUCUCAGCCAUCGUGAAUGCUCGUCCAUUGGUUCCUGUGUCUACGGAUCCAGACCCCCCCCCCAAUCUUGACGCCAGUGACACUCCUCACCCAAAAUGUUGCUGUAGUUCCUCCUCCCCAAGGUGAAUUCAACAAGAAAGACCUCUUCAGCCGGCAGUGGAGGCAAGUUCAAAGCCUUGCCAACACCUUCUGGCACCGCUGGAAGAAAUAGUAUCUUCCUACCCUGCAGAGCUGUAGGAAGUGGCAGAAAGAGAAGCCCAGCCUUCAGGAGGGAGACAUUGUGAUGCUGAGAGACAGUCAAGUGAAAAGGAACGACUGGCCCAUGGGCAUCGUCGUGAAGACCUUUCCUGGCAGAGAUGGGAAAGUAAGAAAGGUUGAAGUCAAGACAGCAAGAGAGGGGUCAUGCAAGACCUUUCUGCAUCCAGUUUCAGAGACUGUCCUACUCCUCUCUCCAGAGACUGAUAAGUAACUUUAAGUUCUAGUGUUAAUGCUGGCAUCCUUACAGAUACCAGGCGUGGAGUGUUCUGGCCCCUGUAGUUGGUUAGAGUUCAUUUUUUAAGGUCAAUUCCAUUUUGGCCACUAGACAGCUGUUGUUUGCUUAAGUUUCUAUAUCCUGUAAAAGAAGAAUCCUUGUUAGCAUUGAAAAAUGGUGAAAGUCACUCUGUGGAGCUGCAGAUAUUAUCAAACUCCAUCCUUCUUUCAAUUAUUUUGUAGAAGCAUUGUCUUUUUACUCAGUUUCUAAUACUGUACCUACGAACUGGUGGCAAUAAAUCAUCAUUCAAUACUACAGUUACUGGAAAAAGUUUAUCUAUCUGUUAAGCUUAAGAAGGGGACUCUUUUGCAAGGGCAUAAUAACACUCAAUAUGAAAAGGAAAAUCUUGCAUUUUAGUGAUGAAGGACCAACGGUACAACUGUUGUAUUUUGUAGUGUACACCACAAUACAGCACAAUUAGUAGCCAUAUAAGUUAGUGAUUUUAAUGGACAUACUGAAGCAAAAUUAGUGAACAUAAAUGGAAACAACCUUUGUGAUGGAGAGAGGAUAUUGGCCUCCAACCUUAACAUACAUUCCAGAUAUUUUAGUGUUGCAACAUCCUUUUUAAUAUAAUCAUUUAACCCCUGCCAAAUUAAAUAAUUCUUAUUAAAUAUUAAUAGAAUUUAAGUGACUGAAAUCCUGAAAAGGACAACUUUAUCCCUGAGCUGACUGGCAGGACUGUCUGUAAUCAUAUGUUUUUUUUUUUUUUUUUUCAGGUUUCGUGUCUGUUUUAAGAAGUUCCAUAUUUCUGUACUGUGUGUUAUUGAUUGUGCUGUUUUCACUUGCCAAAGGCCUCAGAACAAUAUUGCUGUUAAACCAGUUAAUAAACUCCUCAAAUACUUUGCUAUAGCAUAGGCUGCCUAUCCUAGUUUCUCUAAUGCGGUCACUAAGGUAAGUAAAUGGAGACACAAACAAAACAAUUCCAGAUCCUAGUGAUCUUUUAUUUGUAUUUUUUUCUUUUGCAUUUCCUUGCAAAUUAAUUCAAUCUUGGCUUAUUUGAUACUUAGUUAAUUAUAACCAGAAGAUGAACUGCAAUGUGUUGUAUAUGAUAACAUGAUUGGCUCUUGGCAUGACGUUAAAUGAAACAUCUAUUCAACAGAAAAGUAUUCAGCUGCUAUAAAUGUGUUCAAGAGUAAAACCCCACCCCCACCCCAACUACUGCGGUCCUAAACAUCUGGGCAUCUAUAGCAAUACAGAUUUUUUGUGAACUUACUCUAUAAGGUCCAUAGUGAAGUUGAGAACCACUUUGAAGCUUUGUUUUAAAGAGCAAGUAGUGUAAAAUUUCAUUUUCAUCAUUUCUUUUUUAUAUUCCCCUUACUAUUUUAGUAUUUUAUGAUGUUUGCAAUCAUUCUUUGUGGUUCUGGGUUCUAUUGCCCCAAUAUUUUUUUUCUCAAAAUCUGCCUUAACAUGGCUUUGAUCUUGCUUAAGCUUCAUCAGAGAUCCAAAGUACCUGCACUAAACAGCUGUUCUCAUUCCAUUCAAAUCUUAUGACAAUAUGACUUUUCAGCUCCAUAUUGUCUCAACAUUUGAAUGCUUUAACCAUUACUUUAUUGAGCUACCGUUAUUUUGACAGUGUUUGGGCUUUGCACAAUUAUGUGAAAGUAAAUGCACACUCAAAUAUACUGUACACCUAAACCUAGCAAGAUACAUAAUUGUAACGUCACAAGUGACCCUGAAACCCCUUCUCUCUUGUACAAGGUGCUAGCGCCUUUUGAAUGGCGAGCUUAUGCUGCAGAAGUAUAUGGUCCUUCAAUAGAACCAACUUAAUUUCUUUGGGGGUUCCCCAUUGAUGCUGGACAUGAUAAUGAGGCAUGGGAACCCAUUGAUAUGAAACAUAGUGAAUUCUGGCCAACUCAGAUAUUAUGGAUGGAAGGGAUACCUAAUAAAAUAACCCUAUGUGAUCAGAAUGAAAUAUAUAAACAUAAUAGUCAUCAGUCCAGAAACCUUACUUCUAGUGGGAGUCUCUCUCUAAAAAGGGGAAAAGAUACCAAACCUAGAGUGUGGAUGUCAGAAGUGUAGAACAGGACUGUCACAAGCAGAACCUAAAGUAUGCCCAGCCUGCACACACAUGGUAAAACAUUGCAAAAGUAUGUUUGAAUGCAAUGAUGUACAAGGUGUAUCAUUCUGUCAUUUGAUUGUUGAACCAGACAAUGUAAAGAGAAUUGAAUGUAUGGGAUGUGAUGCUGCUCACCCAGUUAAGUGGGCUCAUAUGGGAAAAUUAAAAUGCAAAGAUAGGAGUCUGACUAUCCCGGUUCAAGCUUUUUGCAGGUAUCAGGUGUAAACUGUCACCCACACCUGCGAUGCUCAGAGAUGGAUUUCGGGACUGGUGGUUGCCUUUACAGAUCCACUGAGAGUAGAACCAGACAAAGAAUUUCAAUCCUGUUGGAAGCACUCUGAUAUCUGGGAUGUGAACUGGACACUGCGAUUAAAAGUAAUUGUAAAGGGCAAUAAUAUUAUAAUAUUGUAAAACUCUGUACUGUGUUAAACAAGCAGAAAUAUUAUUGCAUAAAAUAUGUGUUAGCCUAAAUGAAGAUUCAGUAAAACUAAAAAUCUCGGACCUAAUUCAGUAACUGUGAUAGUGCUUAUUGGAAUAUGCUCACAGGAGUUCCUUAUAAGCAAGAAACAGCCUAACCUAAACAGAGACCCUGUGCUUGGAAAGUCUUAUCUAAGAAAGUACCAGAAGCUUCUUGGUACUGGAGCGAUGUUUUAUCAAGCAAACCAGGACUAAUUGACACUACAGAUGCUUUCAAUCAGGAACACCUAGUCAUUAUAAACUUUAUCUUAACAAAGUAAUGGAACUCCAUGGUACUGGAGGUAUAUGUUAAAAGCUUUUGGAAAUGACCUCAUAUAUACUGGGGUUAGAAAAAUAUAGAAAAGCUUGGUACUGCAUAUGAAUCAUUUUAGGAGUAGCCAGAUGUGUAUAAUUAAGCCUUCUGAUGCACGAAGCAGGGAAAAAGUCCUAUAAAUAUUGGGGCAAAACUGCAGUUUAUUCAUGUUGAGUUUGGUAACACAGACCCAGCUGAUCCACCCCCUGAAGAUCUUUCAUGUGAAGC